UUGCAGUGACGAUUUCGGGCUUCCCGUUCAAGGGAUUCUUCAUCCAGGCCCGAGACAUUGACACCAACGAGUGGGUCAACGGAGGUGAGUUCAUGCCCGGCGCAGGGGUCAAAGUUUACAAGCCCUGCAACGCCAUCACGCACACGGACAACAAGCCCAAAGACGGGGUCAAGUUGCUCUGGCAGGCGCCCAACGACCGGUCCGGAUUCGUCUAUUUCACAGGAACUCUGCUGUACAACUACACUGACUAUUGGAGCGACGUGAUUGCUUUGGUGCCAAAUCCAGACGAAGCCUGAAAGAAGCGAACUGAUGAAAAUUCUCAUUCGUAAACUUUCGCACAACGUUGCCGUUUUGUAUGUCAAAAUCUUCAUGUUCAUCCUGUGGUCCGAUGGAGAAAAAAUAAAUGCUAUGCUUUUUUUUAAUAAA